AUGCUGCUGUCGCGUCCCCAAACCCUGCCCCUGCCCCGGGCCCGGCUUUCCUCCCCGACCCUUCGCCACCUCCGCGCCCUCGCCGCGCCGCGCCGCGCCAUCGUCUCGUCCCCGCCACUAGGGUUCGCGUCCGCGGCGCGAGGGCUCGCUCCUCUCCGCCUCCGCGCGGUGGUGUCUGACCACGAGCAGCGCGGGAUGGAGGCGGGGGAGCAGGGGAGGCCGCUCCGCGUCGGCCUCGUCUGCGGCGGGCCCUCCGGCGAGAGGGGCGUCUCCCUCAACUCUGCGCGCUCGGUGCUGGAUCACAUCCAGGGAGAGGAUUUGGUCGUCCGCUGCUACUACAUUGACUGUGCCAUGAAGGCCUUCGCAAUUUCUCCUGCGCAGCUAUAUUCCAACACACCUUCGGAUUUUGACUUCAAACUUGAAAGUUUAGCCCAAGGAUUUGACUCCCUAUCUGACUUUGCGGAGCAUCUUGCCACUAAUGUUGACAUUGUCUUCCCAGUGAUCCAUGGGAAAUUUGGUGAAGAUGGUGGCAUUCAGGAGCUUUUGGAGAAAGCAAAUGUUCCAUUUGUUGGGACACCCUCUAAGGAAUGCCAGCGUGCUUUUGACAAGCAUAAUGCAUCGCUUGAGCUCAAUGCACAAGGUUUCUUAACAGUGCCAAACUUUCUUGUGGAGAAGGACAAGUUGGCUAAGCUGGAGUUAGAGGCAUGGUUCCAAACCGUCAAUCUGAACAAAGAAAAUGGCAAAGUGAUUGUGAAACCUACAAGGGCUGGGUCAAGCAUUGGCGUGGUUGUUGCUUAUGGUGUGAAUGACGCUGCCCAGAAAGCUGAGGAAAUUAUUUCAGAGGUUGAGCUUCAGUACUCCAACAGUAGUGAUACCAAGGAGGACACAAUAUUUAACUACCGCAAGAAGUACCUUCCAAGUCGACAGGUUGCUUAUCAUUCGCCUCCACGUUUUCCAGCAGAGGUGAUCGAUUGUAUAAGACAAGGAAUUUCUCUUUUAUUUUGUCGCCUUGGCCUGCAUGACUAUGCAAGGAUAGAUGGUUGGUUUUUACCUUCUCCUGUUGCUUCUUUACCCUCAGCUGAAAAUAGUGAAAAAUUUGGAAAUACCAAGUAUGGAACUGUUCUUUUCACGGAUAUUAAUUUGAUAAGUGGGAUGGAGCAAACCAGCUUUUUGUUCCAACAAGCUUCAGCGGUUGGGUUCUCUCACUCUCGAAUCCUUCGUACAGUUGUUCAGCAUGCUUGCUCGCGAUUCCCUUCUCUUGUUCCAUGCAAUAAUGCUUGGACCACUUUGUCCAGAAAACUACAACCAUCGAAACAAGUAGAAGCAAUUCACAAAGGUACAUCAAGACAGAAGGUUUUUGUGAUCUUCGGAGGGGACACUUCAGAGAGGCAAGUAUCACUUAUGAGUGGUACCAAUGUCUGGCUUAAUCUCCAAGGUUUUGAUGAUCUUGACGUGACACCGUGUUUGCUUGCUCCUGCAAAUGGAUAUUUCUCCUCCCAUGAUCAAGAUUUCAGUGACAGUUCAAGAGAAGUUUGGACGUUGCCAUAUUCAUUAGUGUUACGACAUACCACUGAAGAAGUUCAUGCUGCAUGUGUUGAGGCAACUGAGCCAGAACGAGUUAAAAUAACAAAACGUUUGCGUGAUCAAGUAAUGAAUGAACUUGGGCCAGCAUUGAGCAAACAUGAUUGGUUUGCAGGCUUUGACAUCGCUUAUGAACAACCUAUCAAAUACUCUCUGCAACUGUGGAUCAACCAUGUAAAAGAAACUGAAGCUGUAGUCUUUAUAGCAGUGCAUGGUGGCAUUGGAGAGGAUGGUACCAUUCAGACAUUGUUGGAAUCUGCAGGAGUUCCUUACACAGGACCAGGACCAAUAGCUUCUAGAACAUGCAUUGACAAAGUUGCAAGUUCACUUGCUGUUGACCAUCUUGCUAGUUAUGGAGUCCGUACCAUUCCAAAGGAUGUAAGAGCAACAGAAGAAGUACUGAAGUCAUCUCUUGUUGAUAUCUGGAAUGAACUUAAAGCAAAACUACGAACAGAAACAGUAUGUGUGAAACCAGCUCGUGACGGGUGCUCGACUGGUGUAGCAAGAUUGUGCUGUCCAGAGGACCUAGAAGUCUAUACAGAUGCAUUGAGGAGGAAGUUUCAGCAUCUGCCUGCUAAUUGCCUGUCCAGGGCACAUGGCGUAAUUGAGAUGCCAGUCCCUCCUCCAGAGUCACUAAUAUUUGAGCCUUUUAUUGAAACGGAUGAAAUUAUCAUUUCAAAUAAAUUGGAGAAUGGUAGUGCUCGCCAUCUGUUGGCAAGCGGAGAAAUGCACUCGUUAAAUCCAAGUAUCACAGUGAAAGAAAGUGGUGAUAUUUUAUCUCUUGAGGAGAAAUUUCAAGGUGGCACUGGAAUCAACCUGACACCACCUCCUGCAACAAUUAUGGGCAAGGAUGCUCUGCAGAGGUGCAAGAAGAGUAUCGAGAUCAUGGCAAACGCUCUAGGUUUGGAAGGCUUCUCACGCAUUGAUGCAUUUGUCAACGUGCGAAGCGGGGAGGUGCUGCUGAUCGAAGUCAACACUGUACCUGGGAUGACUCCAUCCACCGUGCUGAUCCACCAAGCACUCGCAGAGGAACCGCCCGUGUACCCCCACAAGUUUUUCCGCACUCUUCUGGAUUUGGCGUUUGCAAGGGCGAAAUAG